UUUAAUUAAUCAAUAGCACUAAUGUCAUGUUGCCGCGUUACCUGCAUCUAGUUAGUUCAAUAGCUGUAUACGUAACAGUGUCUAGGAGUACAACUAUCACCUUUUUGUCUCAAAAUACGUUUUAACAAAGCAAGAGAAUCUAAACAAGAAAAAUGGGGAAGAAAGGCAAAGUGAACAAAUUGGCGAAGAUGUCAGAUGAGGAGCGAGCGAGGUAUCUGCAACACCGCGCCGACUUGGAGGAGGAGGCUCGCCGGAGGAAACAAGAACUUAUCCACAGGUUUAUAAAGAAUAAAUUAGACAAAGAAGAGGCCUACAGUCGUUUGAACACAGCGAAAAUAAAUCAGCAAUGGAGGUUUAUCCUGCGGAAAAUAAAAUGCAAACAAAUGGCCAUGGAUAUUCAGAACAUGCUGGCCAGCUUCAACUUCCUAGUGGAGCGCAAGGAUCGCCUGAUAAAGACGCUGGUGAGGGCCACAGACGACUCUGAUGAACAGCAUCGAAGGGCUUUCCAGGCACACACUGAAAACGUCAGCUAUUUCCUUAAUAUAGGCACGCAACGCUUAGACAAGCUGCAAGCAGAAUACGAACACCAGAAGAACGAUCUCCUAGAGAACUGGGAUAAAGAGGAAAUGGAAAUAAUAGACUACCAGGACCGAGCGGAGUUCAAGCUAAAGCUGAUCAUGUAUAUACAGGACAGGGACUUCCAGAUGUUGAGGAAGAGCAUAGAGACGCAACGCGCUACGGAGAAGAAUGAUGCUAGACUUGAGCACGAAGAAGAACUGCGAAGUUUCUGCGCCCCAAAGCAGUUGGCGAUAGAGAUGUACUGGGGCAAGCUCCGUGAGGUGUACAACUCGUACCAGGAGGAACACAACCCCAUCAUGAGCCACUAUCACAGCCUACGAGAGAAGGACGACUUCUAUCAAAGGGAAAUCGCCAGGAACGACUUCCAAAUACAACUUGCGAGCGAGACCCUAACGAACCUACAGCAUGAAUGGCAAAAGACGACCAGCACGAUGACGGAGAAGUUGACGCGCAUGGCCAAUCGCAAAGAAGAACUGGCGCGCAAAUACUUGCAGAUGAAGAGGGACUCCAAGCUUGAGAGCAGCAAGGGAAACCAGCAGUUAGAUGUCAUGGUCAAUGCCAGCCAGGAUGCAAUCAAGCAUCUAGAAGAUUUGUACGAGAAACUAAACAAGGUGAUACAACUAUCGGAAAUCUGCAGUAAAUAUGAACACGAAGGCGACGAGCUGACCAAAGAUGUGGAAUACGACAUGGACUCCGUAGACUUUGAACAUCUGGAUAAGGAUAUGAUUGACGAAUGCAAAGAAUAUCGCAAAAUGGACAAAUUCCUGCUGAAAGUGAACAGAGCCAAGGUGCAAACAAUAUGUCUGCGGACAGAGAAGGCCAAGCUGAUGAGGGAAAAUGUUCAGUUGAAGAAUUACAUCAAGCGGUACCUCACGGACUUGGCACUGAAGGGCAAAGACAGGCCCUUGAGCAUGAAGAUAAGGACGGACGCACCAAAGAUUGACAUCAAGGCGAAUCGUCCAGUGACUUGCAUAGAGGGUGCACUAUCGAAUGCCGUACAACAUGAGGUGCGCAUGCGCAACGUGGCUCGUCGCAACAAGGACAACGAUAUCAGGGCCUACCCUCGCGUGCAGUGCUGGAUGCAGUCUGCUUAGUAACGAGACAAUUUUGCCAUCAUGUUUAAGGAAAUGAAUUUAAACCUAAAAAUAAGACAAAUUUUGCUAAGGCUUUAUUUUACACUAAGGGAAAUAGACCAUAAAUGAAUAAAGAUAAUAAAAAAUAGAAAUAUUUAAUGAAUUGCUACGCAAUGUGAUGAUCGCUGCUGAUACCUAAUGUAUUUCUUAUUUAUUUACUUAUAUUUUAAAUUUUAAUAAUAUAUGUUGUGUACCUCUUUAGAUUUUUAAUUAUUAACUUAAGAUGAUUUAUAUUGCUUUUGUUGCACAGUAAUUACCUUGGGCAUUUUAGACAGUGAAUUAUUAGGUGAUGGAUAACAAUAAUAUAUAAUUGUAGUUUAAAUAAGUGGAAUAUCAAAUUAUUAAAAUAAGUAAAAUAUUAGUAUUGUAAGCCAAAUAUUGUGUCAAUUAAACUAAGUAUUUCUAUGCGAGAAUAAAAAUGUUUAGUUUCAUUUAUAAUAAUGUACAGUAGAACUCCAAUUAUCCGAACUCCGACUAUCCGAAUCGCCGAUUAUCCGAAUCACAAAAAUUGACCAAAAAAGUCUAAGUGCGCUAUUAUUCUCGCCAGAAGCCAGUGUUUGCGCUUCAA